AUGGUACUUUCAUCAAAACCUACCACAUAUCUCAGUGCUAAAUGUCUAGCUAUGCAAUUGAUCAAGAACGAAAUCAAAAAUGGAUUAACGGUAAAGGAAGUUGAAACUCCAAAGGUUAGCAACAACUACCAUAAACGCAAGUUCAAUGGAGCGAACCAAAACCAACAGAAAAAGCCUCAAAAUGAAAAGGUAUAUGUUAUGGUACUAGCCCCAGUUCCAAUCCAACAAAAGGGUUACAUUGGGAAUAUGCCCUUAUGUAACCAAUGCAAACGACACCACAAGGGAGAAUGUUUCCAUUGUGCCAAAUGCAAUAAGAAAGGUCAUACGGCAAACUUUUGUCGGGGAAUGGCAAUAGUUGCUGCAGUACCAGGAAGGGGUAAUAGAUCGGGUUCUAGUGGAAGAGGAGCUUGUUUGGAAUGUGGAGAAAAAGAGCACAUCAAGCGAAAUUGCCCAAAGUUGAAGAAGGGUGAUGGGAGUGCUCAUGGUCGGGCUUUCGUGAUAGGGAACAAAGAUGCCAUACAAGAUCCAUCGGUGGUUACUGGUACGUUCCUCAUCAAUAACGUGUAUGCUACAAUUCUGUUUGAUUCCGGUGCCGAUAAAAGUUUUAUAAAUCCAUCAUUUAAAGAACUAUUAAAUCACAAGUCUAGUAAAUUAGAAGUAGCAUACAAAGUAGAAGUAGCAAAUGGUCAUAUAGAAAACACCACUGAAAUCUUACGAAAUUGCCUCUUAACUUUGAACGACCACACAAUCUAUGUCAACUUAAUGCCAAAGAAUAUUGGGAGUUUUGGCAUCAUUAUCGGCAUGGAUUGGUUGUCUCUGCAUCAUGCUGAAAUUCUUUGUUUCGAAAAAGCUUUAUAA